AUGUCUGUGACGCUGGCGGAUCCGUACCGAGAUUAUGCUCUUGAUUAUGCCCAACAUGCUAAACCAGAGGGGCAUGAGAACGCACUCGCCUACCAAACGCAGCAUUCGCAUCUUCAACGUCAUAAAGAGGCCAACCCUCCGUUCCCGCAGGGGACCCCAAACAGCACGGCAUACGAGCAACAUCAUKCAAGCACGACCGUUCUCCCAGCAGCAAAUCCUGACAUUUCCCAGUCCGUUGUUCUCACACCAGCGCACAUGCUCCCUAGACAGCUUCCGAUGCAGUAUACCCCUGCCACCUUCGAGAUCCCACCAGUUCAACGCGGCAAGAAGCGACACCAUUCCGAGGCGGAAGGCGAGGGCGACUACAGCGACCAUGGAGUCCGCCCGCGCUUGUCAGCGCUUUCCACGCAGGCAUCUACAGAGACGGCACAAUCCCCAGGGAUGCUCUUUUCUGUCCAAGGCGAUUCUUCACAGCAACAAGCACACCAUCAACAGCAACAGCAAACGCAACAACAACAACAACAACACCACCAUCACCACCACCAUCAUCAUCAACCGAUGUCGAGCCAUGGAUUCGGGCCGCCUGAGUCGAUGGCGCUGCCCCAACAACACCACCACCAUCGUCUACCCCCGCAGGCAUCGCUUCACUCUGCAGAGCGGCAUGGCAUGAAUGUGGAAACAUCUCCUAUUCCCUCUGGUCCACCAAGCGUGGUGGGCCAACCGGGGAUGCCUGAUCCGGCUCCCAGGCCUCGAGGCCCGAAACUCAAAUUUACGCAAGAAGAGGACGCCUUACUGGUUGAGUUGAAAGAGAACAAGAACCUGACGUGGAAGCAAAUUGCCGAUUUCUUUCCUGGUCGAACGAGUGGCACGCUGCAAGUUCGUUACUGUACCAAGCUGAAGGCCAAGGAUGUAACAUGGACGGAUGAGAUGGUUCAACGACUACAGCGUGCGAUACAAGAGUACGAGAAUGAUCGAUGGCGAAUAAUCGCAGGGAAGGUGCUGCAAUGCCGCGACGCAGUUAUAUUUACCCUAAGCCCUAAGAAGAUUACCGGAAAGGGAAGGAAUGCUAUACUGGUAUUUGUGUUGCACCGUAGAAGCUCCGCAGCCAAUCAUCUGGGCUUGCUGAGUAAGACGCAGCGCACCACUCGGGAGGUUUGGGCGGCUCUCAGUCAGGUGCUCCAGUUGUCAGCGGGCCGAAACGGCUUCAAACUCACCUCGAACCUCCAAACUCCCUCUCCACCAACCCUCCUCCCUCCACUCGUCCAGCUGCGAUACCAUCAAUUGUCCAGGACAAUGUUCCUCCAACGCACAGCUUUCGCCCUUGCAAGGCGCGCCCCCGUCAGAGCCAUUGCUGCUCGUCCUUUUUCCUCCUCGGUCGUCCGCUGCAACAAGAAGUAUGAGGUGAAGAAGGAGGGCAAGAUUCUUCCUUUUGAAGAUAUCAAGGGUGAAGAGGACCUCAUUGCCCCGGGUGCUAAGCCCGGCACCGUCCCUUCAGACAUCGAGCAGGCCACCGGUCUUGAGCGUCUGGAACUUGUUGGGAAGAUGCAGGGCAUUGACAUCUUCGACAUGAGACCCCUCGAUGCUUCCAGAAAGGGAACUCUUGACAACCCCAUCAUUGUCAAGAGCGCUGGUGACGAGCAGUACGCCGGUUGCACUGGAUACCCCGCAGACUCUCACCACGUCGUCUGGCUGACGGUAUCUCGUGAUCGUCCCAUUGAGCGCUGCGGCGAGUGUGGUAAUGUCGUCAAGCUGGAGUAUGUUGGGCCUGAGGAGGACCCCCAUGCUCACGAGCAUCACAGCCACCACCCCCCUCAUGAGGAGCCCAAGACCUUCGCCGACUACGUCAAGCCUGAGUACUGGUACCGGUAA